AUGAAUGCAGUGACAUCAUCGCCAAUAUUCAUCGAUGGUUAUACGGAUCCAACCAACAAUCCACAAAAAAUUAGUUUAGGACUAUUCUCGAAUGUGAACAGAAAUCCCCCGAUUGAAAACACUAGACGAUUGAUUGGAAAAGGUGGCGCUAAGUUUCUUACACGUGUAAAACUGACUUAUGUACGACAUCAAGGCACACUGUUCGCUGAGUGCGAGUCUGAUUCAGCAAUAUUUGUCCAGUCACGGAAUUGCAAUUUCAUCCAUGGUUUCCAUCCGACCACAGUCGUUAAAAUUGCCAACAAAUGUUCACUCAAGAUUUUCGAUGAGCAAUGCUUUAGAACGUUGAAAGCAAUGCAGAAUGUUUAA